UCAAUCUGGCUUGGAAUUCUCAGACCAAGUCUAGAUCUCUUCUCAAAUUCUUAGUCAUGAUUAAUCACAAGAAGCUCGUUGCCAUGGCAAGAAAAUGGCAGAAGUUGGCUGCCAUCGGCAGGAGAAGGAUUUCAUCAGCAAGGGCUACAAGUCACCGAAGAAGUGAUGAAGAGAAGAAGUGCAGCGAAUUGGUGGCCGAUAAGGGCCAUUUCGUUGUGUAUACUGCUGAUAAUAGACGUUUUGUCAUUCCCUUGGCUUAUCUCAGCAACCCCAUCUUUAUAGAAUUACUCAGAAUAUCUGAAGAGGAGUUUGGUCUACCAAACGAUGGGCCCAUUACGUUGCCCUGCGAUGCAGUCUUGGCGGAGUACAUCAUCUCCUUGGUGCAACGACGCCCCUCUCGAGAUCUAGAGAAGGCUCUACUUAUGUCCUUGGCUACUUGUCGGUGCCCGCCAUCUUCAUCUCUCCAUCAACAACCUAACCCGCCUUUACUUGUCAAUUAAUUUUGAAAUUUCUACUUCUAUUUUACACAUUUGUACAUAAUGAUCGACAAAAAUCUAAAUUUUUG